UUUAUUUGCGUUGCGUUCAAACAAAUCAAAUACUUAUUUAAACGCGAGAAUUAAAUAAAUAAAACGGUGGCUCAAAAUCAUUAUUUUUGUAAAUAUUCUUAAAUCUCACGAUGAUCCGGCAUUUUAUUCGAAAAUUUAGUCUUAAUAAGAGUAUCAGAAAGGACGAGAGGCCAUCUAAAAAUAUAUCAAAUCUUCUAGAUGAUGCAUUGGUAUUUCCAGAACGAAGACAAAAACAACCUCUUAAAGAAUGGUCGACACUUCCAUAUCCAGAGGGAACUGUAUUUCAAAGACGCGACCAAGGAUUAAAAGUUUUAAGACCCAACAUUAAUCCAAGAGAAACUUCUAUAAUAUUAUUCCCCGGACAAGGAAGUCAAUUUGUUGGAAUGGGCGCACAACUGGUACAAAUUCCAGAGGUUUUGGAUAUGUAUGAAAUAGCAAGUGAUAUUCUAAAAUACAAUUUACUAGAAAUAUGUCUUAAAGGUCCAAAAAAGGAUUUAGACAGAACAGUUUUCUCGCAACCGGCUAUUUUAGUAACUUCAUUAGCGUGCUUAGAGCGACUGAAAGAGGAACGUCCAAAUGCAAUUGAAUCAUGCAUUUCAACAGCUGGUUUUAGUUUAGGAGAGAUUUCCGCUUUGGUCUUUGCUGGUGUCAUACCUUUUGAUCAAGCUGUUCGUUUAGUUCAAAUACGGGCUGAGGCUAUGCAAUAUGCUAGCGAUUUGAAUCAGGGUGGAAUGGCUAUGAUUCUUUAUGGACCUGAUUCUAAACUGAAUUUUGCCAUCAAAGCAGCUAGAGAAUGGUGUGCACAAAAAGGAACUCAACAGCCAGAUUGUGUUAUUGCUAAUUAUCUUUAUCCACAUUGCAAGGUUGUUGCUGGAAGUGAAGAAGCACUAAGCUUUAUAGAAAAAAACGCAAAUGUAUUUAAUAUAAAACGAGUAAAGCGGCUUCCAGUUUCUGGUGCUUUUCAUAGUACAUUAAUGAAAGCAGCCGUUGAACCAUUUCGAGCAGCUCUAAAUAAAAUAAAAUUAGAUGACCCCGCAAUAGCUGUUCAUUCAAAUAUUGAUGGUAUGCCAUAUAAGAAUGCAGAUCAUAUAAAAAAUCAAUUACCAAUGCAAAUAAUCAAACCUGUCAAGUGGGAACAAACUUUACAUAUAUUAUAUGAACGAAGAGAUGGAGAAAGUUUUCCAAGGACAUUUGAAUGUGGUCCUGGUCAAGGUUUAAGGGCAAUAUUAAAACAAGUAAAUGCUAAAGCUUGGAAUACAUCAUAUAAUAUAGAGCCUUGAAUCAGGAAAAAAAAUCUAGAAUAUAAAGGUAUGUAAAAAUUACAUCGCAUCAGUUCUUAAGCGGGUAGCAGAUCGAAGUCGUCACUAACGUGUACCUGAGGAACAAUGAUUUCAUCAAUUUCUGGCUUAGUUUUCCAUUCACACAGUGAUAAUUCUUUUAAUU